AUGCAUUUAACCAUAUUGUUUGCGUCGGAUCAGGGCGUGGGACACGUGAACGCCUGCAUAGGUAUGGCUCAAGUGCUGUUGAGUCGGGGCCACAAAAUUGUGUUCGCUGUCAACCAGUCAUACGCCGGAAAGUUAUCGCCGUUUGGUUUCAUUGAAGAGAUAUUCACUUCAGCGAAAACAAGUGGUCAAAAGCCGGGAGAAAACGACGCCAAAUGUGUGCUCGAGUCGGGAAUCCUAUCAAACCUAACGUCCAGUGAAUCCAUGAAACUUAUGCACAUUUUUAGCUUCUUUGAGGAUUUGGUGGACACAAUGCGGGCCAACGAACAGCAGCUUAAGGCGAUUGUAGCCAAACAUAAUCCCGAUGUGUAUAUCAUCGACGACUUCGCCGCUCCGCCGACACUAAUCCACUCAACAAACCCCUGGGUUUUCCUCUAUAGCGGGAAUCCAUUGUCAGUAAUAGAAGAUGAGAGGACACCACCGGGCUAUGCUUCAAAUGGUGAUCGACAAGAAUGGGCGGAAUUCAAGGAAUUAUCAAAAAAUAAGUUUAAAAAUUUAAACAUUAAAUACAAUGAAUGGAUGAAAGAAGAGGGAUAUCCCCUAAACACUGGAAAUACAGGCAUUUCUGACUCGCCUUAUCUUAAUAUCUAUGGAUAUCCCGAAGAAUUGGAUUAUAUAGAUCUCAGACCACUUCCGGAGAAGUGGUUAAGAGUCGACGCGUUUAUGAGAAGAGGAAAGAAACAAGAGUUUAAAAUUCCCGAUAAAUUCCGUGACAGAGAUAUAGAGAAAAGUAAAUUAAUUUAUUUCUCAUUGGGUUCUAUGGGUUCAGCAAAUGUGGAUCUAAUGAAGAGAUUGGUGUCUAUUCUCAGCAAAAGUCAGCACAAGAUUAUUGUCUCAAAGGGAGUCUUCGGAGACACAUAUGAAUUGGCGGACAAUAUGUGGGGCGAGCCGUCAGUCCCGCAGACAAAAGUGUUGCCAUUAGUAGAUGUGGUCAUAACACACGGCGGGAACAACACUAUCACCGAAACAUUCAGUUGUGGUAAACCAAUGAUUGUAAUGCCAUUGUUUAGCGAUCAAUACGAUAACGCACAGAGAGUUCAUGAAAAGGGAUUUGGGAUUAGACUUAAUCCACACAACUGUUCAGAACAGCAAUUAUUGGAUUCAAUUGAAAAGAAUUGA